CUCGCCAGCAAGCCAGCAAGCCAGCCAGCCAGCCAACCCUCCGCCUCACCCUCUCCGACCGGCUUCACGCCCUCCUCUCCGCUUCCCUUCCCUCUUCCUCUCUGCCUCCCCCCUCUCUCUCUUUUUGUUCUUUUUUCCCGUUGCGCCAUCUCUCCAACUCUCCUUCUCAGUUUCAUUUUUUCUCCUGUUUGCUUACUCGUUCUAUCGAAGCCUUUUCCUCAGCUGCAUCCCCUCGAGAGCCUUGGUUGUAGUCCCAAAGCGACCAGUUCCUGAUCAUGUGCUGUAUCUAGGGUGCGUCGUGCCUGCUUGUUUGCUGCUGCUGUAGAUGGGGCGCUCAUGAAGAGAAACCGCGGUCGGAUUCGGGCGAUCCACCGAUGACAGAUUCUCGGGGCUGUUCGUGCGCGUAUGGCGCUUCUGCGUUUUUGUUAUUUUCGGUUCUGGUGUUCUGGGGAGAAGAUUGUGACGCGAGGGGUGGGAGGAAAGGAGGGUGAGGUUGAGAAUGAGGAUGAGCAGAGGUGCGGGUGAAGGGUGAGGGUAACGUGUGGAAGGAUGAGUGGGGAAAUUUGAAUGUUUGGAGAACAGUGAGGGUAGGGGUUGGGUUGGAUCAGAGGAGCUGGGGAUCGGUGAACACGGUGAUGGUAGGGGAGUGAGGAUGAGGAGGAGGAGGGGGAGGAGGCGAGGAUCAUGGGCCUCGUGAUCGAAUGGGCGGCAACGAUUGCAGGGGAGGUGUUCAGGAAAUAUUAAGAAACAUCAGAAGCAGAGGCUAGUUGGACACUAGCCGCCGAUUUAGGAGCUGCAAUAGCAGCGGCAGGAAAGCGAAUUGAAUGUCGGGCCACUGUCUGCAGCGAUGGCGGCGAUGGGAGGACAGGGAGUAGGAGGCGGAGUAGGGCAGGUGGAUCCUACGGCACUAGCUAUGGCAGGUAUGGGACAGGAAUACAGUGGUAAUGAGGGGCAAUCUAGCGGGGGUGUGGGCGGUAUGGGUAGCAUGUCGAUGCCAGGAGGCUCGGGAGAGCAACAGCAGCAGCAGACGCCCACCCCACCGGCCAAAAAACCGCCACCCAAGCGAACCUCGACAAAAGACAGGCACACCAAAGUGGAUGGGCGCGGGCGUCGCAUUCGCAUGCCCGCGACGUGCGCAGCACGAAUUUUUCAGCUCACUCGUGAGCUUGGUCACAAAUCCGAUGGUGAGACGAUCGAGUGGCUGCUACAGCAAUCCGAGCAGUCGAUUAUUGCUGCGACGGGAACUGGAACUAUCCCAGCCAUCGCAUCCUCGAUUCAGGGAUCUAUACGAAGUUCUUCGAGUAUGGCAGUGGCAGCGGCCGGGAGAGCUGGGAUACAUGGUAGUCUAGGCUUGGCUGGUCCGGGUGGCGGACUGACGGCGGAAGAGAUGCAGAGUCGUAUGCAGCAGGAACAGGCACAGAGGGAGAGGGGUGAGUGGGUGACGAGUGCAGGGGAGCAUGUGAUGGAAGUGACGCGGGCCAUGGAGGCCAGUCGACGGAUUAGCCUGGGGCAUGGGGAUCCAGGGAUGAGUCAUGACAUGAUGGCUGGGUUCCAGCACCAGGACCUGGUGGGGGGUCCGUCGGAGAUGGGAGAGGGGAUGGAAUCCCCAGACAGCAGGCUGCGAAAGAGACCGAGAGGAACAUUGCAGAGCCGGAUGAAGGAGGACCCUGAUCAGCCGGCGAGGCCCGUGCGAGCAACUGCCAGGCAAUCCAUGCAGCAGCAGCAGCAGCAGCAGGUGGGGCAAGGCCAGCACCAAGGAGGAGGUUCGUCAAGCAUGAUGCCAGCAGCAAUGUGGGCCGUGGCACCGGUCGGGGCAGGCGUGCCCAGCAGCGGAGCAAUGCCGGGGACGAUUUGGAUGCUGCCUGUAAGCGCAUCGCAGGGCGGACCAACUUCAGGGGUGAUGUCGGGGCAAUCUGAGCAGCAGAUUUGGACGUUUCCAACCGCCUCAGGUCAGUACAGAAUGACGGCAGCCGCGGGGACGUCGAUACAGUUGGGUCCCGGAGGCAGUGGAGGGAGUGGCCAAGGCAAUGCUCCCACCUCCAGCAGCAGCGGGCAGGCGAUGGUGCCAUUGACUGCGCUGCCCAGUGGGGUUGCACUAAUGCCGCGGAUGAACGUCCAGGGGGGUAUGGGGCCAGAGCUUCAGGGCAGUCACAUGGGUCACCACAUGCCGCUUGGGUCUAUGUUGUUGCAGCAAGGGGGUCAGCAGAUGCCGGGCACUGGAUUAGGCCUUGGCAGCGAGGGACACUUAGGGAUGUUGGCCGCUUUGAAUGCCUAUAGCCGCAACGUGACCUCUGACCAUCAGUCUAUGGGUGGGUCGGGGCAUCAACAAGGCGACAGUGGCGACGAUCCCACCAGCUCGCAGUAGGUGACCUCUCCGCAUGAUAAUGACGAUGAUGAGGAAUUCUCUUGACUCUUGUGAAGAAGCUGCGUAGUUUGGAACUUGCGCUGCAAGUUUUGCUGCGUGCAAGUAUUGUCUUUUGCGAGGACCACAUCCAUGUGAACCACGUUUAAAGCUAAUCCCAGGCAGCCUCCAGGAGUGACGACGACGACAAUUUUUCUCUUGUCCUUCGGAAUGAGAAACUGCACCAAAUAGACCAUCGGUGCCAUAGAUUACUUAUCUAACGAACAAGGAGAAUGAUGGCAAAGAGCAGUUGUGGGAUAUGCACGGUGCUAAUGCACAGUGAUGUUACAUCUGGCAAAAGAGAGCGAUACUCGAAGUACCGCGUGUGAAAGUCCCGCGUGUGCUGUGUACUCAACUGGAAUGAAAAAGAAAACGAAAAAAUAUAAACGUAAAAAAACGGCAAACAAAUAAGGCGAUGAGGUUGCAAUGGCAACUCGCACUGUCGGGGACGAUGGCAUUGAUGGCCUCGCUCUCUGGUCCUGCCCCGGUGCGACCAGGGCUCCGCAUUCUCGCCCCUCCACUCACCCCAGGACUCGUGUUUUUUAGUACCCAUAACUCAUCGGAUCCCUGGGUUUCAAAGGUAGCCAAACCCACUGUAGUUGAAACAGGUUGUUUUUCUUAGUGUCAUGUAAGGGUCAUUCUUUGUCUUCGUCACGACAUCCAUUGGUGCUGUUAAGACUUAAUAAUACUCUCCCCCCCUCAGGGUCAGGGGUUUGCGCACUCGCCCCGCUUCUAGUAUGAGCCUUUCUACUUGCUUGGCCACUUUGUAUCGUGUAGACUUCUUUCUUUAUAAAACUGUGCGCACUCUUCUGGAAGGCUGCUUCACUUCGUCUUUU